AUGUUAGACAAUUCCAGUGCGACUUCUUCCGCGAUGAAUGUGCCGUCAACUCAUACAUCAACCUCGACUGGUUGUCGCUCGUCUUCUUUAACAGGUAGCGUCACUGUGCUGUCGUUUCCUUCUACUUAUUCGACUGUUGGUAUUCCCAUGGUUAUUCCCGUGGUCCCUCGUGCUUCUCAGCCGCCCGUCAAGGCUUCGUCGGCACCAUCCUUGUUCGAGUCUGCUAUGGUACCGUCGACCAGCAGCCCGACCUUGGCACCUUCAGCUGGGAAAGCGUUUGUAGUUGGCUCCGGUUACGCGCCAAUCCCGGGGAAACUGGUGGCCAAAAUUACCAGUGGCGCCUUCGUUGAGCUUGAGGAUCUCCUAACGGAGAACAUACAUGCCCAAGAGGCCAAGGCUCAUAACUAUUUGGAUGGUAAACUACUUGUUGCCCCAGUCAAAAAAAGGGUGGUAGAAAUCACCGACAUUCUCACGUGGAUUCAGGCCUUUACCAUUUACCAGUGGAUCUUCUGCAGUACUUACCCUUCUCACUGGCAGGAUACUACUCAGUAUAAGUUACUGAUCCUCCAAAAGGCUUGUCAGUUUCCUGGACCAGCUUGGAUGAAUUACGACACGGCAUUCAGGAUGGAUGCUGCAGCCUCUCUUCUAGCCGAUUGGUCUAAGAUCAACCUGGAUUUAUAA